AUGGACCACGUGCUCACGCUGGCCCUCGGAGAGCAGGACACGGACCAGAGGCGCAUCGCGAAGCUGUGGGGCAAGUACAAUCCCCGAGGCAAGUAUUUUCGGACAGGACACCGGCCCGCGUUCUUCAAGAGGCUCGCGUUCGCGCAGGACAGCGGCUUCUCCGACAUCCCGAACCUUACCGAUCCACAAAGCACUGGCGGCGUCUCGGUGUACGUGCGCAGUCUCUACGCGGCGCUCUUGGCGUCCUUCGUCAUCUACAAUAUCGCCUACCUGAUACACUCCGACCUCACUCUGCUUCCAGAGGCCUGCAGGAAUCACACGCACCAGGGUUUCCUCCUGAGCCGCUUCCUCACGAAGAAGCUGCUCCGCCUGGUGGGCUUCGAGACGACCUCCUGGGACUCCACGUGCCAGGAGAAGUUCGCCGGCUACCUUGAGCUGAUGGGAUUGAUCGUACUGCUGUCGAGGGCGGCGCGCAACGUCGCCAUCUCGGCCUUCCCCUACUCCUACAUCCGCUACGCCACCACGCCGGCGCAGUUCCUGACUCCCAAGUACGCGGAGAGGAUUUGGCAGGGCCUUCGAUUGGCAAGCCGCGACAGACCUGGCGAGGCCACAGAGCAGGGCGGAGAGAAUGUCCAGGCGGCAGGCAAAUCUGGCAGGGUGGCACAGGCGAAGGCGAUGGAGAUCAGCAAGGAGGCGGUGUCGGGCAACGGCACGCUUGAGAACGUGGGGAUCAAGCUGGACGGCCAGUUCAAGUGCCCGCACUGCCGACAGACCUUCAGUGAUGACAAGGCCCGCCAACUCCACCUGAAGUUCCAGUGCUCCACGGCCAUCGCCAAGCAGAUCAACCCGAUCGGUGAUUAG